CAGACCACAGACGGAAAGCAAGCUUCCAAAUGACAAGAAAGAUGUGAAACAAGUAGCGAAAUGAAAAUACAGAACACAUAUUUCGGCCUUCUCCUAGAGAAGACAAAUCCCACGAGCUCGCAGUAUUUCUACCUCAAAAAGAUCGAGCCACCGCAAAAUAAUUGAGUAAGGCAUCUUUAAAUUUUCGACCAUCUUGGCCUCUGAUGUCACAAAAUAGCCCUCCGGAACGGGAUCUUUUCUUUUUAAUUUAAUUGGUGCAGACAAAUGCCUGAUGGAUCACGCGGUUCCGUUGCCGGAUAAUAAUCAAAAAGACCGUUUGCACUGGUGAUGUUUUGAUGCUCAACUCUUCAUGAUGCUCCAAUGUCUGUCGUUGCGAUGUGUUCUGAUCUUGGCAUCAUCACUGUCUGUGCUCGGAGAUUCCGAUUCUGCACAACGGGACGGAGCACCCCCUUCUAAAAUAGCCAUAAUCGGAGCAGGAAUCGGCGGAACUGCAACAGCCCAUUUUCUGCGCCAGAACUUUGGACCGGAGGUGCGCAUCGACGUGUUCGAGAAGGGCACGGUCGGGGGGCGACUCGCAACGGUCACUGUCAACCACCAGGAAUACGAGUCCGGGGGCUCUAUCAUCCACUCCCUAAACCUGCACAUGCAAGACUUCGUGAAGCAGUUGGGACUGAAGCACCGCAGGAGUGUGGCGGGAAAGACGGCCGUGUUUAACGGGGAGGAGUUCAUCCUGGAGGAGACUGACUGGUAUCUCCUGGACCUCUUCCGUCUUUGGUGGCGCUAUGGCAUCAGUUUCAUCCGCCUGCAGAUGUGGGUUGAGGAGAUCAUGGAGAAGUUCAUGAGGAUUUAUAAGUACCAGGCCCAUGGCUACGCCUUCAGCUCGGUGGAGGAGCUGCUGAGCUCCCUGGGCGGCACCGGGUUCCUGAACAUGACCCGUCGCUCCCUGUCAGAGUCGCUGCUGGAGCUGGGGGUGUCCCAGCGGUUCAUCGACGAGGUCAUCGCCCCCAUCAUGAGGGUCAACUACGGGCAGAACAUCAGCAUUCCCGCCUUCGUGGGUGCCGUGUCACUGGCAGGUGCUCAGGCCAACCUGUGGGCUGUGGAAGGGGGAAACAAGCUGGUGUGCCUUGGGCUGCUUAAGCUGGCGAAGGCCAACCUGAUCCAGGCAGCAGUCACCACCAUAUCACCCCACACCACAGGGGAAUCCAGCCAGUAUCAGCUCACCUACGAAGGCCCGACGGACAAGGACUCAGGACUCUAUGACAUCGUGGUGGUGGCCACGCCCCUGCAGGACGGUGUGGGCGCGGGCAUUUCCUUCCGGGGCUUCGCGCCGGAGCUGCCCGCCGUCGGGGGCACGUACCACCAAACGGUGGCGUCCAUCGUCCAUGGCUACCUGAACUGCUCCUACUUCGGCUUCCCGGACCCCAAGCUCUUCCCCUUCGCCAGCGUGCUGACCACUGACAACCCGGAGCUGUUCUUCAACAGCGUGGGCUGCGUGUGCCCCGUCAACGUCAGCGCGGGCUUCCGCCGCAAGCAGGCCCAGGAGGCGGGCGUCUACAAGGUGUUCUCCCAGCAGCCCCUGGGCAGGGCCGAGCUGAAGACCAUCUUCCGCUCGUACUACUCUGUGCAGGUGACGGACUGGCAGGCGUACCCGCGCUACGGCAGUGCCCGGGAGCUGCCGCCCAUCGUCCUGCACGACGGCCUCUACUACCUCAAUGGCAUUGAGUGGGCGGGCAGCGCCAUGGAGAUGAGCUCGGUGGCGGCCAAGAACAUCGCGCUGCUGGCCUACCACCGCUGGAGCCGCCAGCUGGAGAUGAUCGACCAGAAAGACCUGAUGCACAAGAUCAAGACUGAGCUGUGAUGUUGUCCCCCCCAGCACUGAGGAACUCUGGGAAAAUAAGGGUCAAGAUCAGGGCUGACCAAACCCCUUGUUCCUGGAGGUCUUACCAUCCUGCAGGGUUUUCAUUUCAAUCCUAAUUUGGCAUGCCUGAUUGUAAUAAUUAGCAGCUCAAGGAGAUCUCUAGCUGUUAAAUGAGGUGUGCUUUGUUAGGGUUGGAGUGAAAACCUACAGGAUCCAGGAACAAGGUUGGGCAGGCCUGGGUAAGAGGCCCACUAAUGGGGUGUCUUUGUGGUGCCUGGCCCGAGGGUGCCUGCAAAAUACAACAAAUGCCAUUUUUGUGGAGGCUUAUUCUCUUGUUUUUUUUUUUUUUUUUUUUUUUUACAACUUCGUCCCUCGCCUUCAGUUCUUAAUGUUACGUUGACAUCUGCUUAAUGUAAUUUUUUUGUAAUUUUAAAGUUGAAAGAAAUUUGAAGUGUUACUUUCUAAAAAAAUUUCACUCCAGUGCGAGGUUAACGGUGAACCACGUCAAAUAUUUUUAACUUGUCAUCAUGCAGCAGAGUGCAAUGAGGAAGUGCUCUGUGUCCCUGCGUCUCUUCACGGUGUCAGAUUUAAAUUUCCCAGUAUGCCGAGCAGACAAAGAGAUGCAAACUUACCCGUAAGCAUUUAUUUUACAACUGUGUUCUGGGACUCAGGACAUGUAUUUAUUUUUUUCCCGAUACUAUUUUUAAAUUUUAUUUUAUUAUCAACAAGGUUUGCAGGUGUACAUCAACAAGUAACCUCUGUCAAUAACAUAACAUAUAGGUAUACCAGGGCAUUGAUAGACAGGCAAAUAAACAAAACAGGAAAUGAUAAAACAAAUAAAAUAUAUACUUUUUUUUUCUUAAAUUCAUCACUUAAUGUUUUAGUCACAAUACAGCCAUGCCAUUAUGACUAAGACAAUAAAAGAUACAGAAAAGUAACAGAAAGCAUACACCUGCACGUUUGGACAUUUAUUUAUUUUGAAAGAACUUUUAAGAUAUGAUGAUUUAGGCACUGUUUUUGAUUAAUGCUAUGGGGAACUGGUGCCGGCACAAAGCUUCUUUUUAAUUCUCCAUGAGAAAGAGAAAUGUAUUAUAUUUGUUCUUGAUUGCUUUGUACCAGGUGGCAACAAAAUGUUGUAACUUUAUUAUUCCUUGAAAAAAUGUGUAAGUUAUUGUGCUCUUAGACGAAAAAGAAAAUUGAGGUAUGGACUGCAGUUUAAAAUAAACCGCAAUUUGCGACAAAGUAUUGAAUUGACUUGUUUUACAGCGUGACAUUAAAUUAUGUCCAUUAAUAGAGGAAAUCAAAUGUAGUGCAUAUAUAAAAAUGUGAUUCUGGGAACAUAAAGUGAAGAACCAAGAAAUAAAUUAUUGGAGUAAUCAAA